AUGAAAUAUUCAGAAUUGUUAUAUUGUUUUUCAAUAUGGGAGGAAGUCUAUAAAUAUGAUGAUAUGGUUAAGGGUAAAAAAAAAAGUGUAGGUAAGACAUCAAACAAAUUCGAAAAUGUUGAGAAUAAGAACAAUAAUAUUUUAAAUAAUGAUAAUAUGGAAAGUACAAAUAAUAUAAAUUCAGAACAAGACUAUUCAGACAUGGAUCCUUUUUCAAGUGAUGAAAAUAUAAAAAGAAAUAAAGAAGAAAUAGAUAUAGAUAAAUAUAAUCAAAUAGAAAAUUAUGAUUAUUUUGAUAAUUUUGAAAAAUUAAAAAAUCACAAUAAAACAAAUAUACAUAUAUAUAGAAGAUGUAUCAGUACUCCUAAUUUGACAAGAAAAAAGACAAUGGUUAUAAAAAAAAAUAAAUCCUUUCCUUGUUCUCAUAUAAGUUAUGACUAUCUUAAUAAUACAUUGAAAGGAACAGAUUUUACAUAUACACAUGAAUUGCAUAGUGGACCAAAAUAUGUAAUAGAUUCAACAGUAUCAGAAAAAUCCUUUUUAGAAACAAGCCAAAUUGUAUCAAAUUCUUGUACCAAUCAGUCAAUGGGUUCUUUCAAAUUUGACGAAUGUAAUGGAUAUUCAUCUUCCUCCUUUAAAUUCAAUCAAUCAAAUGAAGACGAUGGAACUAAGAGCAUCAGACUUGUCUUAGAAAACGAAACAAAUAAUAAGGAGAUAAAAGAAUAUAAUAAAAUUAUAAAAACAUCACAUUCGUUAUACUGUUUAAAUGAUAAUUUUAAUAAAACAAAAAAAUUCAAAAUUAAAAAAAGCAACUCUACAUAUUUUAAUGAUAAAAAUAUUUCUUUAUGUUUUUAA